UGAACAUCACCAAACAACCAACAAAGAGCAGUCUGUCGAUCCUGAGAGCGGACGAUCGAGUCAGCCACAACGUCUAACUGACCAGUAUGGGACAGAACCAAGACAAAUUAGAGGGGGGAGAACAAGCUCUCUGUGAAGGAACGGAGGAGACGGGGCCGUGUCCUGACUCUGGAGAUGGAGGCAAUCCUAAAAGUGAUGUCAUGGAAGGAGGAAGCUCCUGUGAGGAGGAGGAGGAGGAAGAGGAGGAGGAGGCUGGUAACACAGAGGAAAAGCCAGGAGCCCAGGAUCUUGGCCCCAGCCAGGAGCCAACAACACCUUCUACCGAGAAGCCCAUAAAUUUGCGGGUGAGUCCUUUCACUGCGAAGGAGGUGAGACAGGGAGGGGCUGUAGGAAAGGAGGGCGGAGGAAGAGGAGAGAGAGGCAGGACCGCUCCACUGGUUCCACUGGAGACAGGCAAGAACCAAAAGAGUAGAGCGAGGAGUGAAGAGAGAGCCAAGACAUUCAAAGUUUUUGACCAAAUCAAGAAAGAGCAGGAGAAGACAGAGGAGGAGCUUCGAACAUCUUCAAAGGUGAAAAUGGAGAAUCAGAUUGAGGACAUGGUCCAGCAUGAGGAGGAGAGCUUCUCUGGAGAUUCACAUGAAAAGCAUGGCCUUGCUCUUACCUCAGUGGAUGCCUACAGUUUUGACACCAAAGAGCAUUCCAAGAUGAUGAAGAGCAGCAUAGGUGGAGCUUAUGGUGGAGCUAAUGAUCUCAUCCAGAGAGCAGAAACUGAGAUGCUACCAUCUCUUCAUCAACAUCAGAAUGACACCAUGACGGUUGAGGUUGAGGAUGAAGAUUUGAAACUUUGUGCAGGAACAGUCGGCCACUUGAGUGAGAGGAAAGAACCGCCUUCAGCUAAACCCCAACAUCCUUUGAAAAACAUGCUUCAGAAAGAGCCUCUAUUAGACAUGAGCGAUACCAUUCACCAUAGACCUCCAAAAGAGAGAACAGAAAAUACUACAAAGGGGGAAACACUAACAUUUGAUGAAGGCAGCAUUUAUGUUGGUGAGGAAAAGGCUGUUGUGAAUGACUACUCUUUCAGAAAACCAAAGGUCACUGAGGCAGGUCAACAAAAGGAACCAGUGAGGCCUUAUCUCCACAUGAAAACAUCUGAAUCUAAUCAAACCACGGCCUCGUUUUCAGAGCCAAGUCCAGUGGUGUCCAUUGAACCCAGCUCCAUUUUGGAGAAGCUUCUGAAGAGAAAUAAAACCGAAGCCACCCCAAGUCUUUCAAAAAUUAAAGAGGUUGACAUAUACAACAAGGACAGCAUGGAUGAUCUGGUGGAGUCAAAUGUAAAAGUGUUUGACAAUGCUGCAGCAGAGAUAUCUACUGAUAAAACUGACCAGCUACUAUGUAACAAGUCUCAUUCUUCCAAUCAAGAAGAUAAACCAUCUAAAGCAAAGCAUGCGACAAAAGAUCAUGACAGUAAGGAGCUGGAUGUGAAACAGAUAAAUACUGCUGAUUAUAAGACUUCAAAUGUACUCCGCUGUCAGCCUGAAGUGAUUGGAAACAUACUUGAGAGCUCCCUUGCAAAAUUACAUCAAGACAGUGUUGAUUAUCAGUGUGCAAAUCAGGAUAUUAGCUCAAGAGAUGCUUUAGUUAAGGAGGGGAUCAUGCUAAAUAUAGACCCUGCCACAAACCUGUCCUCAAAUAGCUUACAGUCAUCUGCUCUACUUGAGAAAACGUCAUGUGAAAUGAAUGUUGUGAACAAUGAGGAGGCUGCACCAUCAUCAGUGAGUACCACAAAAGGACACCCUGCAGGCUCAUCCCAGUUACUUAAUGAUGAGGAGAUACAUACCAAUGCAGUAGGAGCAAAUCUACAAAUAAUGAAAGAGAAUAAAGGUGAAGCUGAGAGCACAGAUGUUCAGUCAGUGAGUAGAAAGGCAGUGAAAACUUCCACUGAGAACACUGCUGCACCAGCUGUGGAUGCUGGCUCAGUUUCGGUCAUAUCAGAAGAGACCUGCCAAGUCGCAGCAGAUAUGAGGUCAGAUAAAAAGCUACGAAAGGCAUUUAGCACAGAAAAUGUACCAGACCACGUUGGGAAAGAGAAAGAUGACAGUGUCACACUAAGAGACAAAUCCCAGAACUCUCCCAGAACUAGACCUGUCUCAGAACUCAUAAAGGAGACCAUUCAGUUGCAUGAAAAACUGCAACAUCCAGAUCGAUCAAAGCCACCUGAAAUCAAAACUGACGAGCAAGGCCAGUCAGUGAAGGUGGCACAGAUGAAGGCGGCUUUUGACUCUGCUCAGAAAUCCCCUGAGAAACCAGUUGAGAGGAAGCCGUCUGUCAGAAAAGGUAGGCCAAUACCUGUGGUAUAG